UCGUCAUGUCCGACACAGUAUAUAAAGCCGAGUGCUGUCACUCGGAGUAUGGACAUUCAGGUUUAGGAUGGCUUUCAGGGUCGUGUCUCGCUGUGUGAGCAGGUGUUUAUCUGUGUUUACAUCUGCUGCAAAAACUGGUGGUAGAAGCACAAAUCGGAACUACUGGGCAAGUUUCAGAAGGACAUCCUCUCCUCUGACUAGUGGUCGAGCUGCAUGUCUCCUAGGGCUUCCUGUGGUCUCCUGUUUAGGUUAUAACGUUUUCUGCACGGUUCCGAGGUCGGCUGUGGUCUGCGCUUUGGACAUAGAUGAAGUUGUGGACCAGGCUGAUUACCUGUACAGCUGUUCAGAGCAUGACAAACUCUAUCAGCUGCUCCUGCAGUACAAAGAAAGUGAUAAUGUCGAGUUUCUGUGGCGGCUUGCACGGGUGACCUGGGAGUUGUCCAGGGAGCCGGGCAUAGAGGUCAACCGGAAGAAGCAGCUGAUCUUUGAGUCCAUGGAGUACGCCACCAAGGCCCUGGAGAAAGACGACCGGUGUGGAGCCGCACACAAGUGGUACGCCGUGUGUCUGAGUGACGUCGGGGAAUAUGGGGGAAUCCGUGUUAAAAUCGCCAACUCGUGGGUCUUGCGGGAACACAUGGAGAAAGCCACCCAGCUCAACCCCAAAGACGCCACGUCUCUACACAUGCUGGGCCGCUGGUGCUUCGAGCUCGCCAGCCUGACCUGGUACGAGCGCAAAGUAGCCAGCGUGAUCUUCUCCAAACCUCCAGACGCCACAUUCGAGGAGGCUCUGUAUUUCUUCAUGAAAGCAGAGGAAGUUGAUCCCAACUUCUUCAGUAAAAACAUGCUCAUGCUGGGGAAGACCUACCUGGCUCUGAAAGACAAGGAGAAAGCCCUGCUGUGGCUCAACAAAGCUAAAGACUAUCCCGCUCGCAGUCGCGAGGACAAAGAGGCCCUUAAAGAAGCCGUGGAGCUCCUGAAGCAGCUGGGAUAACGUCUCCCUACCUCGACCGGACGCGGUGCCUUGCACGACUUUGGAAAUGCUGAGAAACAAGUGUGUUGGUGGAGCGGCGGCUGUAAUCAUUCCUUCCAGAGAUUAUGAAGUGUUGCUCACAUCCGUCACUAAUAGGAAUAUUUCUUUCAGCACCAAAAGUCAGUCAACUUUUCCUGUUUGUACCUCUCUGGCAGUGAAGGGUGUGAAGCGAAGCCAAAAACCUUCAGAAGUUCAGCAGAGUCUGGAUCUGGUGAAUUCAAAGAAGGCUUAAAUGUUGUUUCUUGGUUUGUUUCUGUACAGUUCCUGUCAAACUCUGAAAUAAAAUGCAGA